UGAAGCAGUAUACCUUGUAUAUAAAAUAUCGUUUAAACCUAUGGGCAGAUGUUAAUUUAUACGACCUCCACAUUUCCGUUAACGCCUGUAUGAGGCUAUUGAUCUCUUGUAUUUGAUUUUGGGGUAGAGAGCGCAAGCCCGGGAAAACAAAACAGGAUUAUCACUAAUCAAGCGGCCAUGGAUCGGACUAAGGCAAUAAAACAGGGUUACAUCAGGAAAUAUGUCAAGAGCGUCUUCUCAAGCGGGUGGAAAAAGCAGUUUCUUGUCCUUCACCAAGAUGGCGAGCUAGUCUGGUACUCUGACCAGGGUGACAGGAAAGCUAAUGGAGCAAUCAAACUAAAGGCUGUUUGUAAUUUCAUGGCGAUAGGUCCAUUUACUCAGGCGAUUCCCAAACGUCCUUCGUUACCUUCGGGUGGCCAAGUCAAGCAUUUAUUGGCCAUUCCACAAACAGCCGCUAGAGAUCCAAAGCAGUUACACUGGUUCAUAUUCCUGGAUGACACAGAGUUAGCUGGAUGGAUGAAUACGAUAAUGAAAGUUCUUCCACCUCCUCCUGCCCCUCCCCAAAACUUCCAGAGACCUCCAGGUGGUCCCCCGCAACAGAGCAGCUACCCAAAACAACAGGGUGGCUACCCACGACAACAACAAGUCGGGUAUCCACAGCAGCAAUGUCGAGGCCAGCCGGGCGGUGGCAACACCACCGUGGUUAUGGGAAGCGGUGGUCGUAGUCGUGGUGGCGGAGAUCGGCUUGCGACUGGUAUGCUUGUAGGAGCUGGGUUGUCAGGUUGGGGUUGGGGAUGGGGAUGGGGUUGGGGUGGCCCUGGGUGGUACUCUGGUCAUUAUGGAUACGGUGGCAUGGGGGAACACGACCACUACGAAAUAAAUGAGACAAAUAUUGAGAACACGAAUAUCAACGAAACAAAUAUAACAGAAAAUAAUGAAUUUAGCGGCGAUGCCAGUGGGGCGGGUUACGGAGGAUAUGAUCCUAAUAACUAUCAGCAGACAGUUGAUCAGGGAGGCCUCAGUCAUGCAGACCAGGGCGGCUAUGUUCAAGGCGGUUAUGCCGACCAGGGCGGCUUUGUUCAAGGCGGUUAUGGAGACCAGGGCGGCUAUGUCGAUCAGGGUGGUUUGGGCGGGGGCUACGACGGUGGGGAUUUCGGUGGGGGUGAUUUUGGUGGCGACUGUGGUGGAGGAGACGAUGGUGGAGGAGACGAUGGUGGAGACUAA